UGGGGUUGUGGCGGUACUGCGGGUGACAACGGUCAAUAAUGAAGGUGGCUGCGGCGCGGCAGCGGACUCAGCUGCGCCGGGCGGGGGCGGCGCCGGGACCGCGCCUGUAGGACCUCGGGGCCGGCGCGGCGAGAUGGGGCCCCGGCGCGGGGAGUGAGGCGAGCGCGACGGCGAGCGGAACUUCAGCCGGAGGGGCUCUCCUGCUUCCCCCUCUGGCUCUUCGGCCUCCACCUGCAGCCCCUCGGCCCCCGCGUCCCGCGGGACCGGGACGGCAACGGCGGGGGCAUGUGGCGCUGGGUCCGGCAGCAGCUGGGUUUUGACCCACCACAUCAAAGUGACACAAGAACUAUUUACAUAGCCAACAGGUUUCCUCAGUAUGGCCUUUACACACCUCAGAAAUUUAUAGAUAACCGAAUCAUUUCAUCUAAGUAUACUGUGUGGAAUUUUGUUCCAAAAAAUUUAUUUGAACAAUUCAGAAGAGUGGCAAACUUUUAUUUUCUUAUUAUAUUUUUGGUUCAGCUUAUGAUUGAUACACCUACCAGUCCAAUUACCAGUGGACUCCCGUUAUUCUUUGUGAUAACAGUAACAGCCAUAAAGCAGGGAUAUGAAGAUUGGUUAAGACAUAACUCAGAUAAUGAAGUAAAUGGAGCUCCUGUUUAUGUUGUUCGAAGUGGUGGCCUUGUAAAAACUAGAUCAAAAAACAUUCGGGUGGGUGAUAUUGUUCGAGUAGCCAAAGAUGAAAUUUUCCCUGCAGAUUUGGUGCUUCUGUCCUCAGAUCGACUUGAUGGUUCUUGUCACGUUACAACUGCUAGCUUGGAUGGAGAAACUAACCUGAAGACCCAUGUGGCAGUUCCAGAAACAGCAGUAUUACAGACAGUUGCCAAUUUGGACACUCUUAUAGCUGUGAUAGAAUGUCAGCAACCAGAAGCAGACUUGUACAGAUUCAUGGGACGAAUGAUAAUAACUCAACAAAUGGAAGAAAUUGUAAGACCUCUGGGGCCAGAGAGUCUCUUGCUUCGUGGAGCCAGAUUAAAAAACACAAAAGAAAUUUUUGGUGUUGCUGUGUAUACUGGAAUGGAAACUAAGAUGGCAUUAAAUUACAAGAGCAAAUCACAGAAACGAUCUGCAGUAGAAAAGUCAAUGAAUACAUUUUUGAUAAUUUAUCUAAUAAUUCUUAUUUCUGAAGCCAUCAUCAGUACUAUCUUGAAAUAUACAUGGCAAGCUGAAGAAAAAUGGGAUGAACCUUGGUAUAACCAAAAAACAGAACAUCAAAGAAAUAGUAGUAAGAUUCUGAAAUUUAUUUCAGACUUCCUUGCUUUUUUGGUACUCUACAAUUUCAUCAUUCCAAUUUCAUUAUAUGUGACAGUUGAAAUGCAGAAAUUUCUUGGAUCAUUUUUUAUUGGCUGGGAUCUUGAUCUCUAUCAUGAAGAAUCAGAUCAGAAAGCUCAAGUCAAUACUUCUGAUCUGAAUGAAGAACUUGGACAGGUCGAGUAUGUGUUUACAGACAAAACUGGUACACUGACCGAAAACGAGAUGCAGUUUCGGGAAUGUUCAAUUAAUGGUAUAAAAUACCAAGAAAUCAAUGGUAGACUUGUAUCUGAAGGACCAACACCAGACUCUUCAGAUGGAAACUUAUCUUAUCUUAGUAGUUUAUCCCAUCUUAACAACUUAUCCCAUCUUGCAACCAGUUCCUCUUUUAGAACCAGUCCUGAAAAUGAAACUGAACUAAUUAAAGAACAUGAUCUCUUCUUUAAAGUAGUCAGUCUCUGUCACACUGUGCAGAUUAGCAGUGUUCAGACUGAUGGAAUUGGUGAUGGUCCCUGGCAAACCAACCUUGCACCCUCCCAGUUGGAGUACUAUGCAUCUUCACCAGAUGAAAAGGCUCUCGUGGAAGCUGCUGCAAGAUUUGGCAUUGUAUUUAUUGGCAAUUCUGGAGAAACUAUGGAAGUUAAAACACUUGGAAAACUGGAACGGUACAAACUGCUUCAUAUUCUGGAAUUUAAUUCAGAUCGUAGAAGAAUGAGUGUAAUUGUUCAGGCACCUUCAGGUGAGAAACUUUUAUUUGUUAAAGGAGCCGAAUCAUCAGUUCUCCCGGAAUGUAUAGGUGGAGAAAUAGAAAAAACAAGAAUUCAUGUAGAUGAAUUUGCUUUGAAAGGGCUAAGAACUCUGUGUAUGGCCUAUAGAGAGUUUACACCUAAGGAGUAUGAGGAAAUAGAUAGACAUUUAUUUGAAGCCAGGACUGCCUUGCAGCAACGGGAAGAGAAAUUGGCAGAUGUCUUCCAGUUCAUAGAGAAAGACCUGAUAUUACUGGGAGCUACAGCAGUAGAAGACAAACUACAAGAUAAAGUUCGAGAAACUAUUGAAGCAUUGAGAAUGGCUGGUAUCAAAGUAUGGGUACUUACUGGAGAUAAACAUGAAACAGCUGUUAGUGUGAGUUUGUCAUGUGGACAUUUUCACAGAACCAUGAACAUCCUUGAACUUAUAAACCAGACGUCAGACAGUGAAUGUGCUGAAAAGUUGAGGCAGCUUGCCAGAAGAAUUACAGAGGACCAUGUGAUUCAGCAUGGUCUGGUGGUGGAUGGGACCAGUCUGUCUCUUGCACUCAGGGAACAUGAAAAACUAUUUAUGGAAGUUUGUAAAAAUUGUUCAGCUGUAAUGUGCUGUCGUAUGGCACCACUGCAGAAAGCAAAGGUAAUAAGACUGAUAAAAAUCUCACCUGAGAAGCCUAUAACAUUGGCUGUUGGCGAUGGUGCUAAUGAUGUAAGCAUGAUACAAGAAGCACAUGUUGGCAUAGGAAUCAUGGGUAAAGAAGGAAGACAAGCUGCAAGGAACAGUGACUAUGCAAUAGCUAGAUUUAAAUUUCUCUCCAAAUUGCUUUUUGUUCAUGGUCAUUUUUAUUAUAUUAGAAUAGCUACCCUUGUACAGUAUUUUUUUUAUAAGAAUGUGUGCUUUAUCACACCCCAGUUUUUAUAUCAGUUCUACUGUUUGUUUUCUCAACAGACAUUGUAUGACAGCGUGUACCUGACUUUAUACAAUAUUUGUUUUACAUCCCUGCCUAUUCUGAUAUAUAGUCUGUUGGAACAGCAUAUAGACCCUCAUGUGUUACAGAACAAGCCCGCUCUCUAUCGAGACAUUAGUAAAAACCGUCAACUAAGCAUGAAAACAUUUCUUUAUUGGACCAUCUUGGGUUUCAGUCAUGCCUUUAUUUUCUUUUUUGGAUCCUAUUUUCUGAUAGGGAAAGAUACAUCUCUGCUUGGAAAUGGCCAGAUGUUUGGAAAUUGGACAUUUGGUACCUUGGUCUUCACAGUCAUGGUUAUUACAGUCACAGCAAAGAUGGCUUUGGAAACUCAUUUUUGGACCUGGAUCAAUCAUCUUGUUACCUGGGGAUCUAUUUUAUUCUAUUUUGUAUUUUCUUUGUUUUAUGGAGGGAUUCUCUGGCCAUUUUUGAGCUCCCAGAAUAUGUACUUUGUAUUUAUUCAGCUCUUGUCAAGUGGUUCUGCUUGGUUUGCAAUAAUUCUCAUGGUUGUUACAUGCCUAUUUCUUGAUAUUGUGAAGAAAGUAUUUGACCGACAGUUUCAUCCUACAAAUAUUGAAAAGGCACAGAUGUACUCCAACACAGUCGCUUUCAGUGACGAGUUCAUCGCACUGCAGCCAUUGUCGAGGGCAAGGAAUCAGCUGAGCAAACUUAGCUUACUGAAACAAAUUCAAGUAUCAAGUGCUUGGACUCCAUGUGCUGUUUCUCAGAAGGAGAAACAGCGUGCGCAUCUGUUGGAAGAAUGCUGGAACGAGUAAUAGGAAGAUGUAGUCCGUCCCAUGUCAGCAGAUCAUGGAGUGCAUCGGAUCCUUUCUAUACCAACGACAGGAGCAUCUUGACUCUCUCCACAAUGGACUCGUCUACUUGUUAAAGGGGCAGUAGUACUUUGUGGGAGCCAUUUCAACUCCUUUCCUAAAAUUCAGUGUGAUCAUCCUGGUGAUGGCCACACUACCUCUGCGGAAUUACUUUCUGAAAUCUCUGGAGUAGUUCAUGCCCACUCAGAGUUAUAAUGGCAAACAAACGAAAAGCAUUACCAUGCACCCCUGUCAGCUGCCCUCUUAAUUUAAAUCUGAACAUGUUAAAAUUUAUGAAUAAAGAGACAUUUUUCAUCUCUUUAUCUGGGUUGUCCCCGUGUGCUUAUGGGACUCCCAAUGGCAUUUCAGCCUUUUGCUAAGGCCACUAAAUAUUUUAACAUCAAGGUAGAAAAGGGAGCUAAUUCCUAGUUAACUGUGUUUUUUAGUAUGGCUUGGUUAUUGAGUCUUCUGUUUAAAUCUGCCUCUAUAAAUUAUGCUGAAAAGUUUGCCUUGAAAACUCUAUUUUUUUAUUAGAGUUAUAUUUGAAACUUUUCAUGGGAAAAGUUAAUGUGAAUAGUAAGGAAUUUGGUCCCUCAGUGACCCAUGUUUGUUCAUUCAUUAGUGCUUUCUAAGUUCACAGAGCAAAUUAGGAGAAUGCAUUUCCAACCAUUAUUUGCUGCAGUAUGGGUAGUAAAUAUAUACCAGUACCAAAACUUCUCUAAAUGUACUGUAACACAACCAGUUAAGUUAACCAUAUACAUGCAAAGGGUAUAUCAUAUCUUACCUAUAAAGCAGGAAUCAAGUCCAUUCACCAAAUUUCAAAUUGAUGUUUACUAUUUUUGUGACAAUGUAAAGAACCUAUAGUGGGUAAAUUAGACACCAUUAGCAUAUUAUUAUUUAAUGUGUUUAUCAUUGGAUCUUUCGCAUGCUUUAAUCUGGUUAAUAUAUUUAAAUUUGCUUUUUUUGUCUAUCUGAAGGCUCUGUGUAUAGUAUUUUACGACACUGUUGUAAAUUCAACUAUAAUCAAUAAAAAACCAGUUUGAAAACUA